AUGAAUAAUCAAGUAAUCUCAGAAAAAGGUUUUAGACUUAAAGCUCCAUUCUGGCCACAUGCAGUAAUUUUUUUUGGAUUUUUUGAAUUUUUUAUUACAACAUGUGUAAUGACAAUAUGUUGGAAAUUUUAUUCGAUAUCUGCUAAUAUUCUUCCAACAAUGUUUAUAAUAUUUCAAAAUACAGUUAAAAGUAAUAAUUUAGCUGGAAGAAAUGAUUUUACAUGGACACCGGAAAUGGAAAAUGAAUUGUUAUCUUAUCAAAAUGGUUUAAUUUAUGUAUAUGUUGUUUCAGUUUUUGUAGUAUUACUUACAAUGAUAUAUGUUAGUAGUCAAUUUAUAUCAAUAGAAUAUAAUAAUGAUCCUGAUAAAACAUAUCCUUAUUGUAUGGAUCAUAAAAUGAUAAAUAUUGUUUCUGCCAUUCUUUUAAUUAUAUUUAUUUUUAUUAAUUUUUCAUUGAUUACAUAUCUUUGGAUUAGUUGCGCAAAACCAUAUGCAUUGUUUCAUGAAAAAUAUUAUAAUGCCAUCCAUGAAGAAUCAUUGUGGGAUUCAAUUGUUGAAAAAUAUAAUUGUAUAAAUGAUGAAGAUAAAGAAGUUCAUAAAUCUCAGAGAUGUGAUACAAUUGUAAGCAAAACAAUAAUUCCUCAAAUAUGGUUAGAUAUUAUGUUUUAUUCCUAUGGAAUUUUACACUUAUUUGCUUUCAUUAUUUUUGGUUUUAUGAAUCAAAGUAAGUUAUUUUUCUAA